ACAUUCAAUGUGUCCUGCUCUCUGCUCGGUGCUAUCUUGUUUUUUCUGGCAGCAUGACGCGGACGAAUCCCUCCCGGGGCUGAGGAGCGAGUAUAUAAAGGGAGCUGACAUCAGCAAACACACAGAGAACUGAGGAAUCCCAGCCUCAUCUGUGAUUCUGUCCGCUUUUCGGCUGCGCAAAAAAAAAAAAAAAAAAAAAAAAAGCGCCAGUAGCGAUGGAAAUGGGAAGCAUUUCUACUGGCGCCCCGACCAGCUCCGUUUAUGUGCGGCACCAGCUCAAAUGUGCCGAGAAAGAAACGCACCUGCAGGAGAGCGAUGACGGACAGUGCUCUGGUCUCUCCAAGGUCUGGCUGGCUUACAAACACGCGUCGCAGCAGCUGAGUUCGUCUGGAAUCAAAGCGGGCUUAGGUCUACUUAAAGUAGCCACGUCUCAGUGGAAACAGGAGAAGAAGACAGGCGGCGCAAAAAACAACCAUCCCGCCAAGAGAUCCUCGCUGGAUCAGCUAACAGAUUUAGUCUUUCACGGCCCGACCCGUCGCAGCGGUCUGCAGCACCGACCAGAGCCGCUUUACCUCACCAAGCCGCAGAACUGUAGACGCAUCGUAGUUCUCGGUGCGCCACGGGUUGGUAAGACCGCCAUCCUCAGAAGAUACCUCCGGGACGGGUUUGUAGAGGAGUACAGUCCGACCUCUGAGGAUUUCCUUAGGAAGUUAUUUUGCAUCCGCGGGGAGACCUACCAAAUAGACGUCUUGGACGCGUCCAGGGAGAGGGAUUUCCCGGCCAAGCGGCGACUCUCCAUUCUCACCGGAGAUAUUUUCCUACUCGUCUUCAGCCUCGACGACAGGAGCUCUUUCGAGGAGGUGUGCAACCUGCGAGAGGAGAUUUUGGCCGCUAAAUCCAAACUCACCAAAUCCUCGGUGCCGGGGCAUUGCGCGCAGCCGCGGGUCCCGCUCGUGGUCUGCGCCAACAAAGCGGACCUUGACUCCCAGAGAGGGAUUUCACGCGCAGAAGUGCUCAAAGCUCUCGGGGGUGACUGCACGUAUUUUGAAACAUCUGCGAAGGACAGCACCAACCUCGACAAAGUCUUCGAGACCCUGGCGAAGCGGGGCGGCCUUCCGACGGAAACGGGUCCGUUUCAGCACCGCAAAGUGUCCCUCCGGUCGUACCAGGCCAUGCGGACGGACCGGGCGGCGUGGAAGGGAGGAAAGGUGGAGAGGCGAGAUGAUCCCUGUGGCACCCUGUACCCACUGGCCCGUCGGCCGAGCUUCACCACAGAUCUUCGGCAGAUCAUUGGGCCACGUAAGGGAACAAAACCGGGCCACGGACUGGAGAAAUGUCAAAUUCAGUAACGGACUGAGAGCGAUUACAGACAACAACGCAGAAGCAAUUUUAUUCUCGAAGAAAUGUCAAUAAAUGAUCACUUUGAUUUUUUUAAAUUAAAAUAAUUAAAAAUAAAUAAAUUAUUUUUAAUAAAAAACUAAAGCGUGUUUAUUAUCUUUUGACAAAGAAGAUUGCAGCAAUUGACAUCAUAGUGUAGCAACUUUAGAAAAUGUGCUUUUAUUUUUUAUUAUUAUAAUGUUUGAAAUUUCACUAAAUCUUGAUUAACACUGAAGAAGCCUAUGUUUUUGUCAUAUUUUAAGAAUUUUAUUAUUUUACGUAUUUUGAGAAGCACUAGUACCUCUACUGUCACUUUAAGAGAGCGUCUUAUGACAUCAGUACUGUACUACCUUCAGUUGGCGCUAGGCUACCUGGAAGAGGUAAGAAGUUUUCUUUGCUUUUGGUUAAGCUCGCGUUUUAUGAAAUAUAUAAAAUAAUUGGAAGUACAUGCAGCUAUGAAUGUUUGUUACAAUACAUACAGAGGAGUAUUCUUUUUGACAAGUUAAGAACAUUUUUGUUAAAGAUAUUGUUAUUAAUUAGUCAGGGUUUCUCCAUGUGCUAAUCUGCUAGGGGAAAUCCGACUCCUGUGAAUGGAAGAGCAGCACGUUAAAGGGCAUUUUUAUUUGUAUUUGUGCAGGCCUCUGCCAGCAACCUGCAUUAAACAACAACCAGCAA